AAAGUUGUUACUGCUACUGAUGGCUUCUCCGUUUCUUUAUAUUGGGAGAUUCAGAUUCAGUCUUUCACAAUUCUCAUUUCUAUGUUACUUCACUCUCCAACCUCCAUUACCAUUAUAUUUCCUUUUUAAUUUCCCUUUGCUUUGUUGCUUCUUCAAGAACUCUCCUCUUCAACACUUGUGCUUCAUGUACAUUUCAAGUCCUUUCUUCAACGGUUUGUUGUUCGAAAUUAGUUUUAGUAGUGGUUGAAACUUCAACAUUGUGUUUGUUCACUCUUUCAAGUAAAUGGAAUUAUUACAUUAAGGUGUUCCCUGUGGCUUUGAAAGUUUCAGCUUACUUGUGUUGCUCUACUUACCCGAGUUGCUGCCUUUUCUUCUUAUUUAUUGAUGAAUUAGAGCUCUUCCCUGCUGGUUCAGUUUAAAAACUACACAAUCAUUAUUGAUACUUGCUUUCCGGUUCGGAGUUUUCACUCAAGUACUUGGAGGCUGGAGUUGCUCUGAUACUUUGUUCUAAAACCUUAAUUUCCGUUUUAGUCCUUAAAUGUGUUCAUAAUGCAUAUAUUGAAGAUCUACAACUUACAGAAUCAACAAUUGUGUUUUGCUUCCAUGCUUUCUCCAUCAUCAAGUCAGCUUACUCUUUUUUAUCCAAAUUGCCUGAAACUCACAACAUUUGAGGUCUUUGAAGCCCUUUUCAGUUCCUGAGGCAUCUUGUUUCAAAUUCUCAAGUUUGAAGUGUUCGUUCUUUUAGCAUAACCACUGGGUGGUGUUUGUUCAUCUCUGGUUUCAUUGGUAUAAACUAGAAAAGAUGCAGAAGCCUCCCCAAGCUGUUGACUUUGCUCUAAAGGAGACCUCGCCAAACAUUGGUGCAGGAGCUGUCGCGACUGAUAAGCUUGCCUGCACAUAUGACCUUGUUGAACAAAUGCAAUAUCUGUAUGUUCGUGUGGUGAAAGCCAAGGAUUUGCCUGGUAAAGAUGUUACUGGUAGUUGUGACCCUUAUGUUGAGAUAAAGCUGGGAAACUAUAAGGGAAUGACUAAGCAUUUUGAGAAGAAAACAAAUCCUUUGUGGGAUGAGGUCUUUGCUUUCUCAAAAGAAAGAAUUCAAGCUUCUGUUUUGGAAGUUUCGGUUAAAGAUAAGGAUGUUGUUUUAGAUGAUUUGAUUGGAAGGGUUCUGUUUGAGCUCAAUGAUAUCCCAAGACGGGUUCCACCUGAUAGCCCUUUGGCACCGCAAUGGUAUAGACUGGAAGAUCGGAAGGGGGACAAAAUUAAGGCCGGGGAGCUGAUGCUGGCUGUUUGGAUGGGAACUCAAGCCGACGAGGCUUUCCCUUAUGCUUGGCAUUCAGAUGCAGCAACUGUUGGUCCUGAUGGAGUUGCAAAUAUCCGAUCAAAGGUAUAUCUUUCACCUAAGCUUUGGUAUGUUAGGGUCAAUGUGAUUGAAGCUCAGGAUUUGGUGCCUGGUGAUAAAAAUAGGUUCCCUGAAGCUUUUGUGAAGGUCACACUGGGAAAUCAAGCAUUGAGAACAAGAAUAUCCCAAAGUAGAAGUAUUCAUCCCAUGUGGAAUGAAGACUUGGUAUUUGUAGCUGCUGACCCUUUUGAGGAGCCUUUGAUUUUGACGGUGGAAGAUAGAGUAGGACCAAACAAAGAUGAAAUUUUGGGCAAAUGUAUGAUCUCUUUACAAUUUGUGCAGAGGAGGCUAGACCAUAAGCCAGUUAACACUAGAUGGUAUAAUCUUGAAAAGCAUGUGGUGGGAGAUGGGGAACAAAAGAAGGAGAUUAAAUUUGCCAGUAGGAUUCAUUUGAGGGCCUCUUUGGAUGGUGGUUAUCAUGUUCUGGACGAAUCGACUCACUAUAGCAGUGACCUUAGGCCAACAGCAAAGCAACUGUGGAGACCCAGCAUUGGAAUUCUGGAGCUAGGAAUUCUAAGUGCUGUGGGGCUAAUGCCUAUGAAGACCAAGGAUGGGCGAGGAACAACAGAUGCUUAUUGUGUGGCUAAAUAUGGGCAGAAAUGGAUCCGGACAAGGACAAUCGUUGACAGCUUGACUCCAAAGUGGAAUGAACAGUACACUUGGGAGGUUUUCGACCCCUGUACUGUCAUUUCUAUAGGGGUAUUUGACAAUGGUCAUGUACUGGGGGGAGGAGGAGGAGGAAAGGAUUCAAGAAUUGGAAAAGUGAGGAUUCGGCUAUCGACACUUGAAAGUGAUAGAGUUUACACACAUUCAUAUCCUCUUAUAGUAUUGCAACAAUCAGGAGUGAAGAAAACAGGUGAAGUCCAAUUAGCUGUGAGGUUCACAUGCUCUUCUUUGAUUAAUAUGUUGCAUUUGUAUUCACAUCCAUUGCUGCCCAAAAUGCACUACAUACAUCCGUUAUCUGUGAUUCAACUUGAUAGCUUGAGGCACCAAGCUAUGCAAAUUGUCUCCCUGAGGUUGAGCAGAGCUGAACCACCUCUGAGGAAGGAGGUUGUGGCAUAUAUGUUAGAUGUGGACUCGCAUAUGUGGAGCAUGAGAAGGAGCAAAGCCAAUUUUUUCAGAAUCAUGGGCGUUCUAAGGGGAUUGAUUGCUGUUGGAAAAUGGUUUGAUCAAAUCUGCAACUGGAAAAAUACACUUACUACCAUUUUGAUUCACAUACUAUUCAUAAUUUUAGUCCUCUAUCCGGAGCUAAUACUUCCUACAAUUUUUCUCUACCUUUUCUUGAUUGGUAUUUGGAAUUUCCGGCGGAGACCAAGACAUCCUCCUCACAUGGACACCAGACUAUCUCAUGCUGAUGCUGCUCAUCCUGAUGAACUUGAUGAAGAAUUUGACACAUUCCCAACUUCCAAGCCAUCAGAUAUUGUUCGAAUGCGAUAUGAUCGUCUCAGAAGUAUAGGAGGGAGGGUACAGACAGUAAUCGGUGACUUGGCAACUCAGGGGGAAAGAUUCCAAUCUCUACUAAGUUGGAGAGAUCCAAGAGCAACAACUCUAUUUGUGAUAUUCUGUCUAAUAGCUGCAGUAGUUCUCUAUGUUACUCCAUUCCAAGUUGUGGCCCUUCUAAUUGGGAUUUAUGUGUUGAGACAUCCAAGAUUCCGACACAAGCUACCUUCAGCUCCUCUCAAUUUCUUCAGGAGAUUGCCUGCAAGGUCAGACACCAUGAUAUAAUAUUAGUACCCUUCUCGGUUCCUUCACUUCCCACCAUUGUUGAUGUUGAAGCAAGGCAGAAGCUAUAAACUUAGUUGCCAGGAGAUGCAUGGUUGUGACAUAAUUCAUAAAUUCCACAAUAUGUAGCUGCUUAUUUUCAAGGAGAGGGGAUUGCCUAGAUUAAACCCUUAACAUCCUGUAUUAUGAAUGGCCUAUUCUGUCACUUAAUGAGUAGCUGAAUUGUAAAAUGUAGCAGCUUGUUGAUGUUUAUUUAUUUUACAAUCAAUCAUGUGGAUACGUAGGCCUUGAUCU